ACAACAUGCGUCCACGCGCAUUCGGUUCAUUUUGUCGGUAACAUCGAUUUCCUCCGCAAAAAUGGGACAACGCAUGGGAAAAGAUCAACUAAAUGGACUGGAUAACAUCAUUCUUCUUGAGGGAGAAUCUUAUGGCCAGGGCUUGACCAGUGAAGCUCUCGUUCAGAAUGGUGGGACGAGCCCUAUCUCGAGCAUGGUAAAGAGUCACAUGGAGGCGCAUAUUGGAGGCACCUUCGCGCAAUACAAAGACUACAACAUCCUGAAUCCUGGAUGGAAAAAUACUGGAGGAAGAAUGGGGAUGCGGCCAUUAAUUCGUGAUUACUACGCGCGUUCAGUUGGCCUCGUGUACAAUGUUUACACGACAGAUGAACACUGGAAACAAUUCGGACUUGAAUUUCUCAAGUAUAAAAUGAUGCAUCUCCUCAGUGAAAAAGAUUUAAAAGACAAAUUGAUCGUAGUUGCAGCGAAUCAAGACAGCCUCCUUCCUGAUGAAGCUAAUGACGAAGUCAAUACAGUGGCAGAAAUAGUCGCAAUGUUAGACAAGGAGUUAACCGAAGAGGACCGCAGGAGAAUUAAGGUAUUCCCGACGGUUUGGGCAACCGGUGAAGGUGUUUUGGAAUGUUUCGACUGGAUGAUUGGUGAAAUUAACAAGAAACACACCGCGGAGACACUGGCGGAACCAUGGAGGGAGGUCGCUCAGGAAGUGGUAGCAAAUAGUAAAGACGGCAUGAACGUGGUCAAAGGCACUUGGAAGAAACUGUUAACGGCCUUUGGGCAUAUUAGCCAGAAGACUGUCACCUCUGCUGCAUAGUUAUGGCAAGGGUCACAUCGAGGCAGCCAAGCGCACUUCGAAGAAACUGUUGAUCGGUCUUUUGGCAAGCCAGCCAGAAGACCGUCAUCUCUGUUUGCAGAUAUAGUAAUUGCAAGUUUGGAAUGAAGGCACUUAGAACUGUUAGCCAGAAGACUGUCUUCUCUGCCGCUUAGCAAUGGCAAGGGUGACAUGAAGGAGGUUAAAGGCACUGAAUGAAAACAAGUUUUAACAGUCAUUAGGCACACCAGCCAGAAUCGGUCAUAUUUGCUGCUUUACAUAGCAUAAAGGCUUGCAUGAAGGCGGUCUCUGAUUGGAAACCUUGCCUUAUAAAUUCUGCCAAUAAUUCUUCUUGCCAAUAACUCUUAUUGUAAAACUGCGAAAAAGCAAACCAGAAAAUGUUUACUCAAAA